AUGACGAUCCAAGUUACAACUCUCACCGAAGCGGAUAUUCCAGGGGCAGUCAAGGCGGUACAACAAGCCUUCAGCGGCGACCCGUACAACGUUUGGGUAUACGAUCAAUCAAAGUUCAACCCGCAAAGAAACUACGAAUCUCUAGCGCUCCGCAUGAGAUGGGGCAUGCGCAACGGCAUCUUCCACGUCGCAAAGGAACAAGACAGCGACGAGGUGCUGGGCGUGGCCAUGUGGCUCCCUCCGCAGCCCGCGGAUACGCUGCCGACGUGGAAAGACUGGCUGGAGGGCUGGCGUCUGUGGUUUGGGCAGGUCAAUUAUAACCUGUGGUAUGGACGCGGAGGGCUGAACGUCAAGCGGUACUACAUCUGGAAAGAGGCGCAAGCCAAAGCCCAACGCGAACUUUGGACCGACCCGCGGGGCUACUACUUUCUCAACAUCAUGGUCGUGCUCCCCGCCGCGCAGGGAAAGGGCGUCGGCGCCCAGAUGAUGAGAGUCGUGACGGAACGGGCUGACGCUGAGGGUGUGCGGUGUUAUCUCGAGUCCAGCAGGGACGUGCCGAACGUGGCUAUUUACGGGCGCUGGGGGUUCGUGUUUGAGAGGGAGAUGUCUGGGCCUAUAUCCAUCAAGUCAGUCAUCUUGAACGAGACCUCGCCUCUAGCGAAUGCCCAAAGCAGACGCUUCACAAUGAAUCAGCGAUCAUCCUCACUCGACAGAUCCCCAACAGCCACAACUCGGAACGCAAUCGCCGCUAUGCCAGAGAAAGCGGACGAGGGAGCCGCGGAGCAUGGCUCCAUUCCCCACGGCGACGUCACCGUGCAGACUAUGAAGCCUUUCACAACUCUAUCCGCCCUCGGCAUCGGCUACGGGACCACAAACACCGCCAUCGGCCUGCUGCUGGUUUUCGGCAGCACCUUACCCAUGGGCGGCCCGCCCCUCUUCUUCUGGGGGUUCCUCGUCAUGGCCUUUGUAGGCCUCGCGACUGCCACCACCCUCGCGGAGCUGGCCUCCGCCAUGCCACAUCCCGGCGGACAGUAUAUCUGGGUCCACCGGCUGGCGUCGCCGAGAUCUCGGCGGUUCCUGUCGUACAUCACGGCCGUCAUCAGCUGGCUUGCCGCCGUCGCUACAGGCUCGUCGACGUGUCUUUCCGUCCCUGUCGGCAUCUGUUCCAUCAUCACACUUCUUGACCCAAACUUUGUCUAUAAGCGCUGGAUGGGCUUCCUGGGGUUCCAGCUGCUCAACAUCGUCACCGUUUUCGGGGCGAGCUUUGAGAGCCUGUUGCCAAAGAUCUCCAAGGUCAUGUUGCUCUUCAGCUGCUCCACCAUCGUCGUCAUCUUUAUAACUCUUUUCGCCAUGUCGGACGAGCACGCCUCGGCAAAGGACUUUUUUGUCAGGUCGGUGAAUAUCUCGGGUUGGCCAAACGGCAUCGCCUUCAUUAUCGGUAUGAACGGAGCCAACUGGAGCUUCUCGUGCCUCGACGUCGCCACGCACCUGGCAGAGGAGAUGCCCCGUCCCAGCACGGAUAUCCCAAAGGCGCUGAUGUGGACCAUCGUGGUGGGCCUCGUCUCCGGACUCCUCGUUGUGACGUCGGUCCUCAUCAACGUUCCCAUCAUUGACGGAGCCGACGACAACUCUGCCCUAGCCUUAUUCUACCGCAUCACGGACAGCAAGGCUGCCGCGGUUGGUCUCUGGGUGCCCGUAAUGAUCACAACCGUCGGUGCGGCCUGGUCUAUCCAGACUUGGCAGUCUCGGCUCGCGUGGACCAUCAGUCGCGAGGCUGGUUUCCCUAUGCAUCGCCACUUCAGCAAAAUUGCACCAUCCCCGCUGCACACGCCUACCUGGUCACUCAUAUUCUCAGCAUCGGGGACUGCGAUCUUUGGGUGCCUUUACCUCGGGUCUGAGCUUGCUUUCAACUCUCUCAUUUCCACCGGAUUGCUUCUUCAAUACAUUAGCUACAGUAUCCCCGCUAUCUUGGUUUUAUCCCAAGGCCGUUCGAAUUUCAACCACGGGCCCUUUUGGUAUCCUAAGCUUGGCCUUGCUGCGAACAUUGUUAUGCUUACAUGGUCGGCGGUUGCAUUGAUUUUUUACUGUUUCCCUUAUUACCUACCCGCUGUUGCAGAUGAGAUGAAUUAUGCAUCUGCUGUUCUUGCGGGUAUUGCAGUCAUCACGAUAUCUUUGUGGUUUUUUUAUGCCAGGCAAAAUUACGAGGUCAAGGAAUUCCUGGGUCAUUAG